GAUGGAAAACUGCAGUAGCAAGUGUCUUAACUCUGACCUUUUCCCCCUUCCUCCUUUGUACCAGAUCUUAUCAUGUGGGCAACCUGCUGCAACUGGUUCUGCUUGGAUGGACAGCCUGAGGAAGUCCCCCCACCUCAGGGCGCCAGGACCCAAGCCUAUUCCAACCCUGGGUACAGCUCCUUCCCUUCCCCAACAGGCUCUGAGCCAAGCUGCAAGGCCUGUGGGGCCCAUUUUGCAAGCGCAGCCCGGAAGCAGACCUGCUUGGACUGUAAGAAAAACUUCUGCAUGACCUGUUCCAGCCAAGAGGGGAAUGGGCCCCGCCUCUGCCUUCUCUGCCAACGGUUCCGAGCUACAGCCUUUCAGCGAGAGGAGCAGAAGAUGAAGGUGAAGGACCUGAGGGACUAUCUCAGCCUCCAUGACAUCUCUACUGAAAUGUGCCGGGAGAAAGAAGAGCUGGUGUUCUUGGUGCUUGGCCAGCAGCCUGUAAUCUCUGAGGAGGACAGGACUCAUGCCCCAACCUUGUCCCCAGACUUCCCUGAGCAGCAGGCCUUCCUGACCCAGCCUCACACCAGCACAGUACCUCCUACCUCACCCAGCUUCCCUCCUUCACCUGCACAAGCCACCUCUGCCCCCCCAGCCCAGGCUCAGGAAAACCAGGCCAAUGGCCAUGUGUCUCAGGACCACGAGCAGCCCGUCUACCUGGAGAGCACAGCCAGAGCACCUGCUGAGGAUGAGACCCAGUCCGUGGACUCAGAGGAUGGCUUUGUCCCAGGCCGGAGGGCCUCUCUAUCUGACCUUACCCACUUGGAGGACAUUGAAGGCCUGACAGUGCGGCAGCUGAAAGAGAUCCUGGCUCGCAACUUUGUCAACUACAAGGGCUGCUGUGAGAAGUGGGAGCUGAUGGAGAGGGUGACGCGGCUGUACAAGGAUCAGAAAGGACUUCACCACCUGGUGUGUGGUGCUGAAGACAAAAACGGGGAAACAGUGCCAUCUGGCCUAGAGGAGAACCUAUGUAAGAUCUGCAUGGACUCACCCAUUGACUGUGUUCUGCUGGAAUGUGGCCACAUGGUGACCUGUACCAAGUGUGGCAAACGCAUGAAUGAAUGUCCCAUCUGCCGGCAGUAUGUGAUCCGAGCGGUGCACGUCUUCCGUUCCUGAGGGCUUGCAUCAGAUUCUUCAGUGCCUUAUGGGAGAUAGCCUAGAGUGUCUGGGCCCAGGGUGGUCAGCUUGCAGAGGGGCAGGCUAUGAGAAGAAAUUCUGCAGUGUUCCCAAGACCAGGGCAAGCAAAGAUGCCAUGUUCAUCCUUGGGCAUGCCUGUCUUGCCAUAGGGGUGCACCUCUUGACUGGCAGAUCCCCGGACCAGUGGGAACUGGUACAGAUCCCCACUGGGUGAGUGUCCAUUUCAGUGAACAGAGGUGGUAAUGGCAAUUGAACAGAGGACUUUCCAUAACUUAGACCAUGUUUUCCUCCCUUCCUCUGAGAACCUAGACACAUUUUCAACUCGUCCCCUAGACACGCUUGCCUGUUUCAUCAAUUGGAAGUCCUGCUAGAAAUGGUUCUCUUCCAGCAUAUUUGGAUUUAAAUUUCUGGUCUCUCUGCCUUAACACACCUUUAAAAUCUCACUACAUUGCCUAAAAUCCAUUUGUUUAUUUGGACCAAAAAUAAGUUAGUUUAUCAGAUCAAUCUAUCCUUAGGAUAGAAUUUGGAUCAGUAAACUUAUCUCUGGUAAGAAAUGAAACAAAUACUAUAGAAAAGUUUCAAAAUUGUUGCUUCCUUGAGUGCUGGGAUUGGAAGCUAUCAGUCAACUGACCUGUCCUGAGAGCCAACAAAGCAUCUGGCUCCCAAACUGCUGCAAAGUCCAGUCUCUGGAGGCCAGGAUGGUACAUGGAUAAUCUCUGCUGCUGCUGCUUUUGGGUCUUGACUUUGAACCGUCCUUAAUUUUUGGAUUAUGAAGAAAAAGGAAGCAUUGCAUGGAAGCAAUGGUUUUCUGCUUAUCUUUGGCUUAUGUUUUUCCUUUUCCAACAGGCAAAGGGUUUUAAACUUGGUCUCAAAGAAGGCAUAGAGACUGAGGCAGAGCCUUGCUCUUCUCUAGUCAGACUUCUCAUGAAGUUUUUGGAGACCCUAAGAGGCACUGGAAGGUACUAAAUGAGGCUGGAUUCUGCCCAGGAGCAGACAGCUGGAAGUGCCUACUUUCAUUUCCUUUCUCAGCCUAUUGAUUUUUCAGGCAGGUCAGGAUGAAGCAUUUCUCUGGGCCCUUUGAUCAUGAGGAGCUGAUGUUCUUGAGGCACCUUAGGGUCUUUACACCACUGGAGCUGAUUAUAGUUAACUGGGAAUGUUCAGCAAAGCACAAAACACAUAUGCUAUCAGAAGAGCUGUGUGUGCCCUAUUCCCAGUGGAUAAACUAUGCAAACCCUAAGCAUCAGAGGGCUUGGAAGCCCCCCCCCAAAAGAGGAACCACACCCACACCCCAACUGAGAUCUGAGACUAGAAGAACUAUAACUAAUGACUGGAAGCAGAGGGAAGCCUCUAAGGGGAUGUAUUAGACAUGCUGUGCUUUCCUUCAUCAACCCACCAAAUGUCUGGGGGAAUUUAGUAAUUUCAUAAAGUAGUUGUCAGUGGAACCCUGGCCAUGUACCUCAACAUACACUAAGUCUGGAUGAUCUAAUUCUGGGCAGCAGCUUUUGUAGAAGUUGGGGAAUCAUAUUCUCCCAUGAUGUCACCUUUCACCUUUCUGCUGGUCAUUAAGUACUAUAGUUUACAAUGCCUUCAAUUUAACAAAGGGU